CACCCUCCCUUCUUCCUCCAACGCCCAAAUCCCAAAUCCCUAGAAAAACCCUAACUCCAAUCAUGUCCACCAUGGCCACCACCCUCACCUCCUCUCUCUCCUCCAAACCCAAAACUCCUUUACUAGAUCACUCAUCCUUCCAUGGCCAUCCCAUCCGCAUCCAAUCCAUCCGUCCAUCAUCAUCCUCCUCCCAUCCAACCCUCUCCAUCUCCAACUCCUACAACCUCCAAAACUUCCAAUUCGACCCCAUCAAAGAAUCCAUCGUCUCACGUGAAAUGACCCGCCGAUACAUGACCGACAUGAUAACCUACGCCGACACCGACGUCAUCGUCGUCGGCGCCGGCUCCGCCGGCCUCUCCUGCGCUUACGAGCUUAGCAAAAACCCAUCCGUCCGUGUAGCCAUCAUCGAGCAGUCGGUCAGCCCAGGCGGCGGUGCCUGGCUCGGCGGCCAGCUCUUCUCAGCCAUGGUAGUCCGUAAGCCAGCCCAUCUCUUCCUCGACGAGCUUGGUGUGGAUUACGACGAACAAGACACCUACGUUGUAAUCAAGCACGCCGCGCUCUUCACGUCGACGAUCAUGAGCAAGUUGCUGGCCAGGCCGAACGUGAAGCUCUUCAAUGCUGUAGCGGCCGAGGAUCUGAUCGUGAAAGGCAAUAGGGUUUCGGGCGUCGUGACGAACUGGGCUCUGGUGUCGAUGAACCAUGAUACGCAAUCUUGUAUGGACCCCAACGUCAUGGAAUCGAAGGUUGUAGUGAGCUCGUGCGGCCAUGAUGGACCGUUCGGUGCUACCGGUGUGAAGAGACUCAAGAGCAUCGGGAUGAUCGAUGCCGUCCCUGGGAUGAAGGCCCUUGAUAUGAAUACUGCGGAGGAUGCGAUCGUGCGGCUGACAAGGGAGAUCGUGCCUGGCAUGAUCGUUACCGGGAUGGAAGUCGCAGAGAUUGACGGUGCACCGAGAAUGGGGCCCACAUUUGGAGCGAUGAUGAUAUCAGGGCAGAAAGCGGCCCACUUGGCAUUGAAGGCUUUGGGACUGCCUAAUGCAUUGGAUGGGAGUUACAACCUUGGAAGCAUCCACCCAGAGCUGGUCCUAGCAUCUGCUGAGGCUUCUGAGAUUGCCGAUGCUUAGAGAAAGAAAUUAAAAAAAAAAAAAACGAAAAAAGAAAGAAAGGAGAGAUAGAGGUGCGUGCAUGUAAUGGAAUGGCGUGAGGUGUUUUUGCCUUUUUUAGGUUUUGUAAAAUCUUUCCUUUCCUACUCUCUAUAAAUUUUAUAUAAAAUAAUAAAUGUAGUGACAUUUCAUUUGCAA